CAAUCACAAGGCGGCGCAGCGCUGGGGAAUUUCCAUCCGGUAUCAGCAGGACAGCCCGGAGCAAAUAAUCCCCUCCCAGAACGGAGGAACCGGCUAGCGGUCCAGCCGUUGUUCUUUGCUGAUCUGACAUAUUACCCGAAGGAGUGCCCCAGCGAUCCGGUCCGUUACCGAGCUUAAGGUCCCGGGAAGUGUAGCCGCCUUGCGGGUCUGGGACACUGUGAGCCCGGCUGACUCUUCGGAUAGUUUAUUCCUGUUUCUUUUUUUCGGGACAGAGGACUCGGAAGGAGAAGGUCUCAGCCUCACGGUAGAUGCCGUGCUUUCCAGAAGGGCGGAGGCAGUAGACGUUGGAAGAGAGAGUCUGUGCGCGACUGGAGCCCAUAAUGAACAACAGCAGCGGCAACAGUAGCCAUCGUACCCCCAGGACUCGGAGCGGCCGGAUGGGGGAGACGGGCCCAGAGGCCCCCCGGAGAACCCUGUCCUCUCAGGGGGACAGUGUCUGCUCUGUGGGUGGGGCUGGAGCUGGGAGCUGCUUCCUCAGCAGUCUGUUGCAGCUGCCUUCCUCUCCACUGUCCCGCGCCCAGCUCAGGCGCCUGGAGGAGCACCGGUACAGCAGUGCGGGACGCUCGCUGCUCGAGCCCCUCAUGCAGCACUACUGGGAGUGGCUGGUGAAGCGCGUGCCCCCCUGGGUGGCUCCCAACCUCAUCACCGUCGUGGGCCUGGUUACCAACAUCGCCACCACCCUGGUGCUCGUCUACUACUGCCCCACUGCCACCGAGCAGGCACCUCUGUGGGCUUACCUGGGGCUUUCUACUCGUGCACCUAUGUGGGCUUACCUGGGGCUUUCUACUCGGGCACCUCUGUGGGCUUACCUGGGGCUUUCUACUCGGGCACCUCUGUGGGCUUACCUGGGGCUUUCUACUCGGGCACCUCUGUGGGCUUACCUGGGGCUUUCUUACCUGCUCAGCAUUGAUGUGACUGAGGUGCAAAUCUUCAUUAUAAUCAUGUAUUUGCUGGCCGCUGUCGGAGGAUCGGCUUUUUGGCAGCUCCCGAUUCCAGUGAUAAGCAUUCAAAUGAAAAUAGUUCCUGCCAUUUUCACAGUGGUGGGAGCCAUAUUCUCUUGCAUGAACUAUUUUCGGGUGAUAUUUACUGGCGGUGUGGGCAAAAAUGGAUCGACAAUAGCGGGAACGAGUGUUCUCUCCCCAUUCUUCCACAUCGGCUCUGUGAUAACUCUGGCCGUAAUGAUCUACAAGAAGUCCGCUGUCCAGCUCUUUGAAAGGCACCCGUGUCUUUACAUCCUGGUGUUUGGCUUUGUAUCAGCCAAGAUCACCAACAAAUUAGUGGUUGCACACAUGACAAAAAGUGAAAUGUACCUUCAUGAUCUGGCUUUUCUUGGACCUGGACUGCUGUUUCUGGACCAGUAUUUUAACAGCUUUAUUGAUGAAUACUGGGUUCUUUGGAUCGCACUGGUCUUGUCCUCUUUCGAUCUGGUUCGCUACUGCAUCAGUGUUUGCAACCAGAUCGCCUCCCACCUGCAUAUUUUCGUCUUCAAAAUAAGGCCCCCGGCCACCAUCUCCAGUCAGCCCGGACACAAUCAUCAUUCUUGACUUUCAUGUGUUUUUGUUUUUCGUUUGUUUUUUUGGGUGUUGAGGAAAAAGUAGUUGCAAUAUUUUUGAUCAAAUAUAAAACCAGUUAAGCUGACUGAUACUGAUAAAGAUAUAAAAGGAAAAUAUCAAUAGAGUGGAAAUAAUAAUUUACCUUGACUGUCUCUGUGUGCAAUUUUUUAUAGUUUAGUCCAGCCUUGAACUGUUGUAUGAAGCUUCGGGUUAAAAGGUCAUGGAUUUAUUUAUUUGCAUUUUUCCCUUAAUUUUUUGGUCAUGCUCCUUUACUUGCAGCUAUUUUUUUUUCUACUAUGCAGGGGUAAAAGUGAAAGAAAUUAUUUUUGUUACUCCACUCCACUCUUAAAUUAUAAACAAGUGUUUUUCGUAAGUACACCGGUACACUACCAAAAAUAUGUUCACUCUUAUUGAUGUUAUUAAUUUGCCUGGGACAGUGUGUCCAGAAUAUCUUGUAUUCUGACCAUGUACAAUUUUAAGGGUUAAUUGAAUUUAAAUUUAACAUCAAUGGUAUUGUUCUGCCAAAUCAUUUUAGACUUGGUUGACUAAUCACAUUGUUUGCUAAUUUUUAUUGCUUUGAAGACAUACAAAUAGCCUCCCCAACCAAAAGUUUAAAAAAUAUUGUUCAGUAUUAGUUUUUCUUCAGUUAACAUUUUUUGACAUUUGAAUUGGAGGGGGUGCUCCCAGGUGUCUCUGUAGUUCUGUGUCUCUGCUGUAUUUUAACCUCUGGUUCCUGUUUAAGGAAACAUGGAUCAUUUUAGGACAAAACUCCCCUUCUUGUCACUCCUGCUUUUAAAGCCUGUUUCACUGUUGUUAUGUUCAGUGGCCCUCUUUCGUCGUUGCAGAUGUGACUGUAUGUGGUCAGGUGUCGAGCUUGUAUGAAGACGAAAUGCCGUGUUUUUGACCACUGGGGGGGCACUACAGAGGAACUCGCUGUACAGGCAAAUGUAAGAACAGGCAAGGAAUGUUACAUGCUUGUUUAUGAUGACUCACUGUUAUUCAUUACUCAUUCUCUUCCUUGGCUUUUUUGGCGCUGGAAAUUGUCUACGUAGGUACUACCCC